AUGAAUGAUUCGCCGCGACCAACCGAGGCGCCGUCAUAUCUUGCCCGGAAGACGCAUCGCAAAUCAAGGUUGGGGUGCCUCGAAUGUAAGAGGCGCCGUGUCAAGUGCGAUGAGACCCACCCUGCCUGCAACAAUUGCACUCGACGGUCGACGCCGUGUAAUUACCCAGUCAGCAACGCAACAAGUCCUCGAGAGCGACCAAGAAAAGUUCCAAUGUGGCGAGACCACAUCCCGAAAGUCGCAUUCAAGCACAAUUACGUCGCACAGCUCAUUCUUGCAUUUUCAGCACUUCACUUGGCGCGAGAGGAUCGGUCGAGAGAAGCUGUCUGUGUUGCAAGAUCGACCGCUUUGGAGAGUGCUGCCAUAAGCGGCAUGAUGGAUGCUCUUUCCAAAGACGCCAGCAGCAAUCCUGGCGCUCUUUGGGUGGCAUCGAUGAUGUUGUGCUUUUGCAGCUUUGGCAAGGGACCGCAACCGGGGCAGUAUCUGGUGUACAGUGAGACCAGAGAGCCUGAAUGGCUCGGGCUUCUCCAAGGUGUCAAGACGAUAUCGGAAACGAGCCCAAAUGCCAUAUCCUCCGUGAUACCGACAUCCGACAAGCCGGUCGCAGAACGGACAGAGCCAAUGAGUCCAGAGCAGGUUGUGCCGGGGCUCGGCAAGGCAUUGGACGACCUGCGAAGCUCGGUGGAUGCUUUCAGGGCCGAGGAUCCAUCAUUCGAGAAGUAUCUUCAUCCCUUGGACGAAUUGCGAAACUGCUUUGGCAGCGCCUUCGAACGUCGGAUCGACUCGAACUCUAUCAAAAUAUGCUCUCACAUGGUCUUUGCGUGGUUGUACAGACUCGAGGAGCAUUAUCUGGCAACGUUGCAGGCGAAGCGUCCGAUGGCUUUGGUGAUACUCGCACACUACCUGGUGUUGCUGUCUCAGCUUGAAGGCUACUGGUAUAUCCACGGAUGGGUGCCUCAUAUUAUGGAGGCAGUCAAAAGGCAGCUGCACCCAGCGUACCAACAAUGGCUACAGUGGCCGCAGAGUUCAAUCUUGACUAGUCCGGCGGCUUCUGCUGCUUGA